CAACUGAUUUGUAUUUCCUUUUUCAUCACAUCUAAAUCAGUUUAAGGAAUACCGUAACCAUUUUCUUUGUUCCGAUUAAAAAGUCAAGGCGCUCUACGUAUCGAUAGCGAUUAGAGAAUCGAACUUUCUUGUGCGUAAGCAGCUGUGAAUUAAUAUCGAAUACUUAUUUCGUAGAUUACAAUUUGUCAAAAGUAAUUUUUUUCAAAGGGUUUUUUUUCUUCUCGAAAUUAAACCGAAUGGAUAAAGAAUCGAAAAGAUGGAGCGACGAGGAAACCCGCAAGCUACUCGACUAUAUGGAGCUACAUAAAAAUAUCGAGAAGCCCACGGCUCGGAUUUACUAUAGUAAGCUGAUAGAUGAGACAGGCAUCAGCUGUGCUUGGCAUACGUUAAAGUACAAAGUGCGCUACCUGAGGUUGAGUCUGCGGAAGGCGAAUACACUGGGCAGCUUGACAGGAUCUAUGCAGAACGACGAGGCGAUCAAGAAGCAAAUUUGCCCUUAUUAUAAGCAGCUGAUGAACAUUUUUGGUCUUGGCAAGGACCCUGUGGAUCCAGCAGACAUCGAGCAACCCAUUGAUUAUGCUGGCAGUAGAGUGGAAUACACCGAUUGUGAUGCUGCCCUGAGCCAAAGUGACGUGGGCAGCUUCAUCUUGGAGCCUUCCGGCUCCGAGUUCGAAGUCAAUCAGUUCAAGAAAGCGCCGAGUCAAGUAAAUAAGAAGAAACGAAAAAAAAGCGAUACGCCCAUGGAUAAGAUAGUGCGCUUAGAAACGGAGAGAAUGGAGUUUCGCGAAAAGCAGCAUCGUCUGGAGGCCGACCGACUUAAAUGGCUGAAACAAAUGGAGGGCAGCAAAUUGCAGCUAGAGAAGGAGAAAUUCGAAUGGGCAAAGCAGAUCGAGGAGCAUCGUUUAUCCUUCGAGAAUCGAAAACUCAAGAUGGACGAGAGGAAAAUGGACAACGACUUUUUACUACGCAAAAUGGAAUUGGAGCUCAAAUAUAAAUGCAAAUAAAUAUUCCAUUUUCUCGGAUUUUUGAAAGUCUAAGAAACCAAAGUUUUAUUUGAAUAGAGCUGUAUUUUAAAAUGAAUUGAAAUGGUUCAAAAACGAAAUUAUAUUCUGUCCUUAAUGUCUAAA